AUGAGCUCGAUCAGCAGCGGCAGCAGCUCCUCGCGAGCCUCCCCUUCCUCCAGCUCCACCUCCCGCAGUCCUUCUGCAGAGCCCUCCUCCUCCUCCAAUAAGAGGCAACGUCGUCUCACGCUCCAAGACAUCCACAUCCCCGCCGGCUUCGAGAUCGCCAAGCACCUCAGCGAGGCUGGCUCCGCCGACUACCCCUCGGAGGAAAACAUCGAAAAGGCCGCCGAGGUCUUGCAGUCGCUCCGCGGUCGCAUGCCCGAUGGCUCCGACGGCCAAGUUGCUGCCUGCGACUACUGCAGGCGUCGCAAGAUCCGCUGCGACCGCAUCAAGCCCACCUGCGGCAGUUGCGUCUCUUCGGGCAGGAAGUGCACCACCGAGGACAUGCUUCGAAAGCGUGGUCCCCCUUCCAAGAAGGAGCGCGCCAUCCUCGAGGCCGCUGGCAUCAUCUUCCGCGGUACUCGUCCACACAGGAGACGCAGAACCGCCACUACAUCCCUUGGCUCUGGCGCCGCCAGCAAGCAGCACGAGGAGAUGGUCAGAAAGGUCAAGGAAGCUGCGGGGACAAGGACCCGCGCCAACUCGGCGCAGACGGGCGCCGCAGCAGCAUCAGCGACUCUCGUGGAUGGCUACGACGUCGGCAGCAAGAGCUCGUGGAUGGAGAUGUUGAGCGUUGCCACUCAAUCUGCCAACCCCUUCGCCGACUCGCCCGCGUCUUCACCCUCGGACAUCUCGGCGCAAGACACCUUCCACGUCGACGCUGGCGCUUGCGACUAUGUCAUGCCCAUCGGUAUGGCACCCUUCCCACCCCGCACUGCCAUGGACAACGUCAACAGCAGCGUCCAGUGGGACAACAUGUGGGCCACCUUUGGCGCCGAUCUCCGCAACAAGUACGUUCCUGGCGGGCCGACGCCACCUUUGGAGCUCCCCAACUUGACUGCCUAUGCCAUCAACGCCAGCGUCGACAGCAAGGACGGCCUGUUCAGGUCGCCGCUCGCGUCCUUUGACGCAGGCGCUCUCGACUGGUCCGCAUCCAACGUGUCGCCCUCGCAGUACCAGAACAUGUACCCGCACGGCGCGCCCAUCGCUCCUCACGAGCAGCCUCCUCUGGUGAUGCCUGUCGUCCACGUCGACCCGCAGAUGAUGGUGCCCCUCCCGCAGCCUUUUUCGCAUCCCCUCCACCACCAGCAGGCACACGAGGCGCAGCAGCAGCCCUUCAUCAACUCGCCCUCCACCAUGGCUGCCGAAGCCAUGGCCUUCCAGUCGGCUAUGGGUCACUUUUUCCCCAAGCGCGAGUCGCCCGCUCUGUCGCUCCACACGCUCUCGUCUUCAUCGUCGAACGUCGACGUGAGCACCCCUACCGAGCUGGACCAGUUCAUCUCGAUGGGCGAUCCGUCUUUCCCCCAAAAUCAGCAUGCGCUCGCCCACCAGCAGCAGAUGUCGUACGCCAUGUCCUUCUGA